AUGGGAAGUCUUGACUAUCUUCUUUUUGAAGAAGCAACCGGAUAUGCUAUAUUCAAAGUUGUAAUCCAACAAGAUGGUAUCCAAGCGAGACUGAAAGAAAUACAGGAAGCUUCAAAUGAUUUAUCAAAAUUUUCUAAGAUGGUUGAAUUAGUUUCAUUUGCUCCAUUCAAGGGAGCUGCUCAAGCCCUUGAAAACGCUAAUGAUAUUUCUGAAGGUUUGGUAUCAGAUUAUUUGAAAUCUGUUUUAGAAUUGAACUUACCCAAGAGCUCGGGAAAGAAUAAAAUUACAUUAGGAGUCUCGGACAAGAACUUGGGUCCUUCAAUCAAAGAAAUAUUUCCUUAUGUCGACUGCUUGUCAAAUGAAAUAGUUCAAGAUUUUUUGAGAGGUAUCAGGGUUCACGGACCUAAGGUAUUGAAAGAUUUACAGGAAGGUGACAUUGAAAGAGCUCAGUUAGGUUUAGGUCACGCAUUUUCAAGAGCUAAAGUCAAGUUUUCAGUCCAGAAAAAUGAUAACCAUAUCAUCCAAGCGAUUGCCUUGUUAGACCAGUUGGACAAAGAUAUCAAUACAUUUUCCAUGAGAGUGAAAGAGUGGUAUGGAUGGCACUUUCCUGAAUUAGCAAAGAUUGUCCCUGAUAACUAUUCGUAUGCUAGAUUGACUCUUUUGAUCAAAGACAAGGCAUCGCUUUCUGAUGAUCUGUUACAUGAUAUAUCAGCAUUAGUAAAUGAAGACUCGGGGAUUGCUCAAAGAAUUAUUGACAAUGCUAGAAUAUCUAUGGGUCAAGAUAUCAGUUUAGAUGACAUGAAGAAUGUUUCUACUUUUGCCGAGCGUGUAGUGAAGCUAAGCGAAUACAGAACUGGUUUAUACUCUUAUUUGACUGAAAAAAUGAAUACAGUGGCCCCUAAUUUAUCAUGUUUAAUUGGAGAAGUUGUUGGAGCAAGAUUGAUCUCACAUGCGGGAUCAUUAACAAACUUGUCCAAACAGGCAGCCUCUACGGUCCAGAUAUUGGGUGCUGAAAAAGCUUUAUUCCGUGCAUUGAAGACUAAAGGUAAUACCCCUAAAUACGGUUUGAUUUAUCAUUCCUCGUUUAUCGGAAAAGCAGCCGCAAAAAACAAAGGAAGGAUUUCAAGGUAUUUAGCAAACAAGUGCUCCAUUGCCUCAAGAAUUGAUAAUUACAGUGAUGAUCCCACUAACGUGUUCGGACAAGUCCUCAAAAAACAGGUUGAGGAACGGUUGAAUUUUUAUGACACUGGAUCUGCACCAAUGAAAAACACGGAUGCCAUUAAAGAGGCUCUAGCAUUGGUCGGUGAUGAUCUCGUUGACAGUGUAAUAAAUGAAGAUAAUGAUGUUUCCUUAGUUGAUAUAGAGGUUGAGACUGACAAAGCAAAGAAGGGCAAGAAAGAAAAGAAAGAAAAGAAAGAAAAGAAAGACAAGAAAGAAAAGAAGGAAAAGAAAGAGAAGAAAGAAAAGAGAGAGAACGAUGAAAAGAAAGAUAAGAAAGACAAAAAGCGAAAAGCCGUUGAAGAAGAUUCACCAAAGAAGAAGAAGAAGAAGACAAAGGAAUCUAGUUGA